CGUCUUUACUUGAAAAAAUCUAGGAAUAAUCGCUAAUAAACCGCCUUUCUCUUCUAUACUGCGUUCUAAAGUCAAAUUUGUCAUCUCUUUCAUAGCUUUAAAAUUUCACGAAACCCUAACCCUAAUUGCAAUCCAAAUUUCUCUGAUAAACGCCCCUUCUUGUUUCAAAUUCGCGUAACUUCGCAAUUUCUGCUGUCAAUUUCAGAUGGCUACUAAACCUCUUACAACCGAGGCUAUAGCUCUCACGGAGAAAAAAAUGGAUAUGAGUUUAGAUGAUAUUAUUAAGAUGUCGAGUAAAACAAAUGUUGGCAAGCUGAAGAAGCCGAGGGCUUCGAAUAAAAAUAGUAAAACUACUAAUGGACAACAAGAUAGAUCUUUGAAGAUACGACAAUAUAUGAACUCGAGGUCUACUAUGAGGCAGGGGGUUCUUGCCCAGAAAAGGUCCAACUUUCAGGGAAAAUUUCCUCUAGCGUCUGAUGCUGCUGCUCGGAAGGCAGUGGUUGCCCCUAUCCGCAAUGGAGGUUUUAACCGUAACAGGGACGUUAAUUGGAACAGACCAAGGGCUGCUGGUCAGAUGAGACGGCAGGGUAACGCAUCAAUUGGAGGCAAUGCUCUUAAGCAGCCACAACAUCAGCAGCAGCGGCAACAACAGCCGUUUCAGAGGGGGGAGAUGAUGUCAAACCAGAAACCAAAAACAUUAGACUCACGGUUUGCCAACAUGAAGGAGCAAAGGAUGAGAGCUGUCACUAACACAAACAAUGGUGGUGCAGUACGUGGUGCUAUAAAUCAGCCGAGGCAACCAUGGCUAAGGGGUCGAUUUGGCAACUACAGGAGCUAAGCUGCUGAUGAUGAGUUUUGAAAUCUUUGAUAUUGCUUUUGUUUUCUGUUUAGCAAUUUUCAUUAUCCACUCUUUCACGUUUAUUCUACAAUGUCAACUUUGCUUUCAAUUUAAAAUUCGCUUUGUACAGUUGUACUUAGUUUUCUAUAAUAUCGUUCCUAGCUUUCUGCA